CGGUGACACAGCAGGACUAGCAGACAAGACAACGAGCCGUUCUGAUCGUCGCGAUUACGCAACUAUCUUGUGACCGAAGCACCGAGACGUCCGGUUGCAGUGGCGCCCGUCGCAGUCGCUUGCGGCGUUUCGCCGCUGCAGCGCAGCAGCACUGUAGCAGUAGGCUGUUUGGUUUGUGUCGUCUGUCACUGUUUGUAAACUUGACACAUGCAUCAAGGGAUCGGUUGAAUGAAUUAAGAAUUGACAAUUUCUUGUUAAUCUCGAGGGAAGUCCCACAAGUUGCGAUCUCUCAACGAGAGUCUGUUAUUAUAGAAGAGCGAGAUUUUAAGUAUGCAAUGGAGGCACUCUUGAAGGAAACACUGAACACGUCGACCUUGAAGCGGACAGGCCAGGGUGGUGGUGGCUGCAUCAACCAAGGGGAGGCUUUCAUCACCGACACUGGAACAUAUUUUGUAAAGAGCAAUGGCAAGUCAAAGGCACGAAUCAUGUUUGAUGGAGAAAUGGCAUCGCUCCUUGCCAUUGCAGCAACUAAUACUGUGAGAGUGCCAAAACCUGUGAAAGUCCUUACCAACCCAAAAGGUGGAUCUUCCAUUGUACUGGAAUACCUAGAAAUGAAAGGCGUUCGGAAGUAUUCGAGACGACUGGGUCAUGAACUUGCAAAACUGCACCAGCAUAAUAUAACCCUGGGUGUGCAAGCCAGGAAGCUAGAGAAUACGGUAACCAAACCACCACAAGUAACUACCUCUGAAGAAGUGUCUGCAGAGGAUGGAGGCCCUCCAAAAUAUGUCACUCAAUUUGGUUUCCACACAAGCACGUGUUGUGGGUACAUUCCUCAAGAAAAUGCAUGGUCAGAUGAUUGGUUGACCUUUUUUGCUCAACAACGUCUACAGCAUCAGUUUAACCUCUUGGAAAAAGAUUAUGGUGACAGGGAUGCGUUGGGACUUUGGUCUCAACUGCAGUUGAAGAUUCCUCGAUUCUUUAGAGACGUUACAAUUGAGCCAUCACUUUUACAUGGAGACCUAUGGGGUGGCAAUGCAGCAGAAAUAUCCAGUGGCCCAGUGGUGUUUGACCCAGCCUCAUUCUACGGCCACCAUGAGUAUGAGUUGGCGAUUGCUGGAAUGUUUGGUGGAUUCACAGCCUCGUUCUAUGAAGCCUACCAUUCUCAUUUUCCUCGAAAAGAAGGCUUUGACAGUAGACAUAAGCUGUACCAACUUUUCCACUAUCUAAACCACUGGAACCACUUUGGAUCUGGAUAUAAAAGUUCCAGUAUGUCUGUCAUGAGAAGUUUGCUGAAAGGCGAUUAUUGAAUGAUGGUACUUGUAAGACUCUUGUGAUUGACAAGCUUUCCAUGAUUGUCUCAAUCAUAAAUUAAUUGUGUCUCCUGUGAUUUUAAAUUAUACAACCAUGAAUGUCUAGACUUGAAAACAGCCAAUUGAUGUUAAUAAUGGCUAGUGAUGUAAUAAACAAAAAAACAAAAGGUUGUUUGUAAACCUUUGGUAAACCCAAAUGAAUGGUGCAUGUUUUACAUAAUUGUCUUGUAGAACAGCAUAGAAUUUUUUGAAUCUAUUUUUUUUGCAAAUUUAUUGGGCUUUAAUGCACACUAUUUUCCUGCCAGUUGUAUCUCUUUGAAAGCUUGCAAGUAGAAUGUGAGGAAGGAGCCAACAUCCUCCUGUAUGUACAUUUUUACUACUCAGUGCACUGUGAUAAUUAUUAAAUGAAGUGGAUUGGUAUUAUGUAUGGACUGGUUGUUACGUGAUUACUGUUGGAUUUUUAAAGAAUACUCAAUAAUUGUUAUGGUUGGAAUUGCAUUCCAAAAUAUGCUAAUUGUGAUAGACUUGGUGGAAAUGACUGUAAUUGAUUUUCAUUAAUUUCUUCAUGAAUUGCCUCAUAUUUAUUGUCUCAUGGCAUAUAUGUAUUGAUGCUGUACAACAUUGUACACAAAAUAAAAUUCUUGUAGCUAUUAAAUUGUUGCACUGUGGCUGGCUUAAGAUAAAAAUGUAAUAAAAAAUACAGCACAGCGAUAAAGCCCAUGAUUAUCUAAAUUUUCUUACACUUUAGAAUCUAGUUUCUUAUUGCAAUUUAUUGAUAUUUAUGUUGCUAAAUACUUUUUCAUGAUCUGGAGUGGAGAGUUUAAUGAGUGGAGGGAGAGGAAAGUGCCAUGUUUUCUGAUGCUUUAGUGUUAGCAACAGAGUUAGAUUCAUCUGUCAUAGUCAGUUGUUACUGAGAUGUUAUAACUUCUGGUUUGAAAUAAAAUUGAAAAGAGAUGUC